UUUCUCCGUCUCGCCCACCCUCCCAAAAAAAAAUCGCUGGGAGUGAAGACUCAUACGUGGACUUGUCUGCUGGACCAGGUGCUCUCCGUCACGUUUGGCUGUUUUUUGGAUGCAGCUGUCGCACACACCGCUGCUGGAGACAGAAAGGCUGGUGCGUGCGUAGCGGUGCGAGCAGAGGAAGCUGCCACAUUGUGCCCCGUGGAGUCCCCGGCCUGCCGAGACAAAAACACCCUCCUCCCCGCCCGGCCUCGGUGAGAGCCAGCGUUCACCCCCGGACCGAUGGACCGGCUCGGCUCCGUGCGCGCGCUCCUCCUCCUGUGCGCGGCGGCGGCGGUGCACGGUAAACCCACGCUGCGGAAGGAGAGAGUCAUCCACGACCCGGAGCUGUUCAGGCAGGCGCACGAAGACAACAAGAGCUUCCAGUACGACCACGAGGCCUUUCUGGGCAAAGACGAGGCCAAAACGUUCGACCAGCUCACCCCCGAGGAGAGCAAGGACAGACUCGGUAAAAUCGUGGACCGGAUAGACGGCGAUGCCGAUGGCUACAUCACCACGGCCGAGCUCAACGCGUGGAUCAAACGCGUGCAGAAGCGCUACGUGUAUGAGAACGUGGCAAAGGUGUGGACGGACUACGACCUGGACAAAGACAACAAGAUUUCAUGGGAUGAGUACAAGCAAGCCACAUAUGGAUACUACCUCUCGAACCCGGAGGAGUUUGAGGAGGCCAGAGAUCAGUUCAGCUUCAAAAAGAUGCUUCCUCGAGACGAGAGGAGAUUUCAAACUGCUGAUCUGAACGGCGACCUGGCAGCAGACAGAGAGGAGUUCACCUCCUUUCUCCACCCUGAGGAAUUUGAACACAUGAGGGAUAUUGUAGUUCUGGAAACCCUCGAGGACAUUGAUAGGAACGGCGACGGACACGUGGACGAGGACGAGUAUAUCGCCGACAUGUUCGCUCAUGAGGACGGGGGUCCGGAGCCAGACUGGGUCAAGACCGAGAGGGAGCAGUUCUCUGAUUUCCGAGACUUGAACAAAGAUGGCAAAAUGGACCAGGACGAGAUCCGCCACUGGAUUAUGCCCCAAGACUACGACCAUGCCCAGGCCGAGGCCCGACACCUGGUUUAUGAGUCGGACCAGGACAAGGAUCAAAAGCUGACCAAAGAAGAGAUUCUGGAGAACUGGAACAUGUUCGUCGGAAGUCAGGCCACCAACUACGGAGAGGACCUCACCAGGAACCACGACGAGCUCUGAGCUCUCGGUGUGUGUGAGUGUUGGUGAGAGGAGGUAUGUUCAACAUCUUUGUCUUCCAACGACACAGACUCUUUUGCCUCCUCCCACCGCUGCUGCCACCACGCCAACGUUUCCUCGUAAUAGUGGGACGGACGUCAGUGUGUCGAACCCUAAACCAACACUGUAGAUAUCAAAGGAGGAGGAAUGUUCUGUCCCACCACUAAGAGUCCACCUCAGUGUUUAUGUCGACGGCUCUGUUUCUGACAUUCAGGAGCAAAGUCCGACUUGGUGGGCUUUGUUUCCAUCGACGGUGCCUUCCAGCCGCAUCGUCGGCUCCGCUGCCUCAGAGAUGUGUGUAGACGGUCUUUACAUAAAAACCUGUCAUAGCUGAAUGCUGAGCUUCACACAAAUUGUCAGAUACAUGAAGAGCAACGUUAAUGUGAAAUUACAGCUAAGAACGUUUGUGCUGGUUUUAUUUAUUUAUCAAUUAACUUCUGAACUGUAAGUCUGAGUGUUCUGCAGGAUUACUGUGUUCACAUAGAGAUUUCUUUUUAACUGAAAACAAAUAAUGUUUCUUUGUUUACAGUUUUUGUUCUGGCCGUAUUAUUUUUAUUAUUAUUACUCUUUAGGAUUACUCAAAUGCUAUAAAACUAACUGAUGUUCAACGGCAUGGUUUCUGCACGUGUUUGGUUUUAGUUUAGCCUGUGAAAGAUUUUAUUUUCUUCAUACAUGGUUUGUUAUGUAUUUAUUGGUAUACUUAAGGCCAACAGUAUGCUCCAUGUUAAAUUUGAAUUGACUUUUGCUAAUGUUACAUUUGAGCUUUAGCUUUUUACAACUGUUCCAUAUAGCAAAUGUUGGACAUCGGAGAAGGGAAGAUGAGUUCCCUUUACUCACGUUCUUGUUACAUCACUCCAAGGUCGUCUUCUGUAUCAGAUGACCACAAUGUUGUUUUUUUUCCCCACUGCAAUUUACAUAUAUAUACUGUUUAUCAAUCUGGUGUUUUGAACAUCAGAAAUUGAUCUUUUGUCAUAUUAAUAUUGUGAAAGAAAUAGUUUGAAUGACAUAGACCAAUGUUUUUUUUUUGUCAAAUUAGCGCAACUCAAAACCCUUUUUCUUCUUUGUCUUCUUUGUCCUUUUUCUGUUGUGCUUUGUUGACUCGAACCUCGGCUACAUUAGUAGUCCACAUCUCACACACGCACAAACAGAUAAAUAUCUUCCACACUGCACAUGCUCAUUACUUGUGUCAAAAUAAAAGAACAAAAAAAA